AUAUUUUUAUAACUGCAAGGAAUAGCUACAACGUUUCAAUUACAGAUUUGUAACGAAGCCAAACAUUUCCUUUGUUGAAGAUUGUUUCCAUCUAUGUUAAUUGGAUAUAUUCUACAUAACAUACUGACAUAAUCUCUUCAUCACUAAAAAUUAUUUAAUUGUGGAAAUAUCUUCAUAACAUUAAUGAAUACGAGCUAUGCUAAAACAUCAAGACUGGAAAUAAACGUUUUCUGUUUGUUUACUGAUGUAUAUAGAAAUUGAUUCACUAUUUGGAAAAGGAAAAAAGUGCAAAAGCUAAAUAAAAUAGAUAAAGUUUGAUUGGAACAGUUACAGUUACCAACCCAUUUUGCAUGGCGAAACAGUUCUGCAAAUGAUGCUAAAUCGAACAUGAAAAUAGUGAAACAGAAAAAAUAAAACUGUGUUUAAUUUUAGAAGUAGAACUUGUUCAAAGAAUUAACACGAAAAAUGUAAAAGAAAUACAUCAAUGAAUAGAAUGUAAGAAACAAGCACAUCAUAGACACGUUAAACAUUUGGAUUAGAUCGUAACUUCAAGCUAACAUCACUGCAUCAUUAACAUGUAUUGUGGUAUUUGUAUUGAGCGCCUAUUUACCUGGCAAUUUCAAUUGGAUGUAGCCAACAGACAAUAGAUAACGAUAGAGUUAGCAAAUAUUUUGUCUUCGUCCCGAAUUAUUUCAUAAAUUGCUUUUAACUGUGAACAAACAGAGAAUGUCAUAUAUGCUGAUAUUAUCAGGGCAAUAUAUGAUUAUUAUCUGGAUAUAAUAUCAUGUUCAGAAAUAGAUUAUAUAAAACAGAUACUUUAGGACGGCUGCUUAUUCAAGACUGACACGGAAACGUUGUGUUUAGAAAACAUAUCAUAUAUGAAGGGAGAAUAGAACGAUGUUCACCAUAGUUCCAGACUGCCGGAAAAGAAGUGUGAAUAUAAAAAAUUCCAGGGAUGUUUUAUCACUGAACUGAAACUGAAUCGUGCAAAUUGUUGCGCAAAUCUAGAAACAGGCGGAAAAUAGCAUGGAUAACGUUUCUACGUACAUCAUUGUUAGCAAUACCAUAACAUCAAAUAAUUCCUGUUCUAAGGAUGAAACAGCAAAAAUAGAAAAAGUUCCCAAAUUAGUGAUGUUCUCAGUUUUUGUUGUUUUGUCUGUCGGAGUAGUAUGUUUAAAUGUUAUUCUAAUUGCAAAAUUAAACAGAAGACAUAAAUACAAGGUGUUCACACGAUUUUUCCUGACAUCUAUGGCAGCAGUGGAUUUAAUUGUUGGACUUACAGUAAUGCCAUUCAAUAUAGCAAACGAAUUUACUGACGUGAAGCAUUUGUUUGGAUCUAGAACGUGUUCUUUGAUGAACAGUGCUGAUGUCAUGUUGACAUCGUCCUCAAUUAUUCACUUGUCUAUUUUAACAUUUGAAAGAUAUGUUGCACUGUGUAAACCAUUUUCUUAUCUUAGGAUUUGCAGGAGACGAAAUAUGAUUUUUCUAUUUCUUAUGUGCUGGCUAGUCGUAACAACAGUUUCAUUUGGCUUUAUCAUGCCUGGUCUCCAUCAUUAUGGUAUUGAGGAACAAAUUGUUCGAUGCACUGUUUAUCUUGCAGAUAAAUGUAUAUUCAUAGUAAAUGUAUACUAUGAUAUGCUCUGUUCUACACUAACAUUUUUCAUUCCUGGGUUUCUCAUUCUAUGCUUCAAUUUAAAAGUGUUAAAACAUGUUCGACACGAAAGUACUAAAAAAAAAUGUGUGUUAAACGUUGCAAGUCCUCAUUCCAGAAAAAGCGGAUAUAACUCACAGAACAUUCAUAUUGCAAGGACAAUUGCUGUUCUGACAGGAUGUUUCUUCAUUUGCUGGUUGCCUUUCUUUGUCGUUUGUAAACUUGUCAUUUUUAGCUAUUAUAACAUUCCAUAUAUUGUAGAAAUUGUGGUAUUGUGGCUAGGAUAUGGAAAUUCAGCGAUGAAUCCAUUAAUGUAUAUCCUUCUAGAAAGCAAACAAUCCUGCAUAGGCAAAAGAUAAAUAGACAUGUUGUUAUCUGAAUUUGAAUAUUGCUUCCUAAUUUGAUAUGUAUCAUUGUUUUCAUUAUAUACAGUAAUGCAAAAACAUUAGCCAUGUUUGAUUAAACGUUUAAGAUCAAUGACGGAAAUAUAACCUCAAUAUAUUGACGUUGUUUAUGUAUUUAACUGAUUUAUUUAUUCUGAACCUUAUUUAUGUCUUCAUUGUCCGUAUUCAACUAGAUAUUAAUGUUCUAUGAGCUGUCCAUUCUCUUUGAAUUCAAUUUGGUAAAAUUUCAAUUCUGUCUUGCAUUUUUGUAAUAUUGACAUUUUAAAUUGUCUUUUUGACACAUUAAUUAGUGCAAUAUGUGUAUUUGUCGAGAACAAAUACAAUGUUAGUUUGAAAGUAGUAAAAACUCCACAAAGCAACAAAUUAGCAGUACUGUUGCUUACUGCUUUUGUUAUUCAUUAGUGAUAUUUUAUAUCUAAUUCUGCUUAUAAAAGAUUUAUAAAUAUUUCAUCCCGAUCGUAAACACAGUAAUAUCAAUUACAAAGAGGGUCUUACACGAUGUAUUGUCGGUAUAUCAACGAAAUGAAUUAGUAAUAAAAUGCUAGGCUUUGUCGAAUAUUUCAUUUUUUAGAUUUGUUUUAUCACAGGUUAACCUCUUUCUGGUGAACACACUACGAUUGGAUAAUAUAUUUAUACCUGCUAAGUAAUUAUUUUAUGUUACACAAAAAUGGCUAAUCUUACUUGUUUUAUUUUCUUCUCAUUACUGGCCAUGCAUUUUGUA